CUUCCGGUAUGACGAAUUGACAGCAAGGCAUACGAUUCGUGUCGAUUCGAUCGAAUCGUGUCGAAUCGACAACAUUUUCAACCAAGCCUCAAAGCCCAGAUGCGCUAUAUUUAUUAAGUCUCGCGCAAAUCGACUUCCGGCAUGACGAAUCGACAGCAAGAGAGACGACUCGUGUCGAUUCCAUCAAAGAGGGUCCUCGAAUCGACAUCCCUUUGGUCGAAUCGUCAAGUUAAAACACGAAUCGACUCUAGUUGGGUGUAUUGGACAACCCUCGCGUGACGAUCAGUUUCCAAAUUUGGAAAUGCAGUGUCACUCAAGUCCAAUAUCAGGAAAUAGUCUUAAGGCGGAAAUUAGUUCUCGCGGAUCGUAAAGAUUUAUGAUUAAACAUCGUUCGUAUUUCCAAACAAACUUCAUUAACUACUAAAGUCUUGGCUAACAACUUUACGAGAACAUCAGAGAGAAAGAACUUCCGCACUCAACAUCCAACCCAUGAUGGACUUUUAUGUGGACUAUAGCUGCGAAGACAACAACGAAACAGGCAGAACCAAGCUAACUGUUUCCGACUUUGAAACUGUAACCAUCAGAGAUGUAAAGUACGCUAUUCAGGCCGCCAUUCAAGCACCAGUUUGUGAUCAACAACUGUUUUAUCAGGAACAACCGGUAACAGACGAUGACAUGACUCUCAGCAGAUUGUAUUUCCGGGAAGGUGACUGUUUCAAGGUGCAAUUUCUUGCUGUAGCGAACAUUACACGAAUGAGUGAGCUAGUGGAUGUGCUGAAGAGCUUCGCUCAAGAAAUUGUAGUAAAUCUCAACAGACAGCUUCCUGUCAUAAACGCAAAAGAGGAGCCCGACAGCCUGAGGAGACUUCAUGACUUCUUGUCUGUCCGGCACCAGAUUGCAAGUCUUGUAAUACAGAAACUUAAAGAUUCCUUUUUCUCCCCAUGGAAAUGUUUAAGAACCGUUGCUCAAAGACACUUUUUCGUUCAAGAGGGAGGAUUUGAAGCUUUCUUGGAGGUGUUCAAAUUCUCACGAGAAUUGUACCAUGGUUUGAACGAAAAUGAAAAUACAGUGGGAACUAACAUGAUUCCAGAUCAACACAAACAGCUUUUUAAUCAAUGCCAACUCUAUCUUCAGUCGUGUUGUCUGCACUUGUUGUGGGACUUUGGUGAGACAUACCAGGAUGCGAAGUUUCUUUUGUCAAAGGAUGUGUUUCCCUUAGCUGUUGAUGCCUUCUUGCUGCAGCCACCUGUCUAUGAAGACACAAGCCAUAAUGACAUCGCCAGACAGAUUGUGGAUAUAAAUGAAGCAGCUCUCGGACCCUUUGGAGAGUUGGUGGAAUGUGAUUCCAACAUCCAAGAGAAAGUUUCCAAAAUGUCUCCACUGAUUGACAAGUUACUCUUUAUAAUAGACAGGAGCCAAUCAGAGCCUGCAGGAUAUUCCUUGGUUUCAGUCCGGGUGGUUUGUAUAAUUUUGUUUUAUUGUACUUGGAAUGUCAAAUCUGCCCAGCCAUUGGUGGAUUGUGGAGCACUGGAAAAAAUGCUUAAUAUCACACGGAAGCUUCUGAUUGAUAAGGACAGCGAUGCACCUCUUAGGUACUACUGUUGUCUAUUUCUGGCUAGACUGCGUUCAGCUCCUCUGAUGAAGCUGGACAGGGUUACUUGUGCUGCUGUAGAUGAACUUACUUAUAUAUUCCUAGAACAGCAUGUAUCCGAAGAGAUCUCAAAAUGGGAAGAAGACACGUCUUACGUCUGGAUGACAAUGGUGCCACUGGUUCAUCUUGCCUUUGCUGCAGGAAAGGAGUAUUACUGUGCUCAAAUUAAAGAAUUAAAGUGCGAUACAACACAAACGGAAGAAGUUGCCAUAACUGAGUCCGAUGAAGCUAAAGCUGACAAAAGAGAAGAAAAACUUAUUCAUCAAACAAGUUGGAAACGUAAAAUGAAUAAAAGUCCCACCCUGUCUGACAAAUCUGAAACGACUGGAGCUGAAACUUCAGUGGCUGGAGACAAGAACUGUGUGACGGCAGACACCAAGGACCAAACCACAUGGCCAGGUUCCCCAUCAACACAAAAACUUGGAAUCUUUUCCCUGACGAACAUGCUUUUACGCAAUGAAAACCAGCAGCUGGCGCUAGCAGAAAAUCUCCUUCCAUAUCUCGUGUGUCUGUCAUGGCACCUAAAGUGUGACGAGAAGGAAAAACUAAAAACCAUUCUGGGAACUUUUGCAAAUGUUUCCUCGCCUCCGUCUUUGAAAAUUGUUACCAAAUCCGUACUGGCUCUUGUUAAUGGUUUAGACAUGGUUUACAAACUCUAAACAGCCAAGCAGACGGACAAUGAAAAUGAUAGACCGUCUGAUGUUUCCGGCCUAGGGAAAAACCUAUUUCUUGUACCUCGACACUUAUUUCUUGCACCUUAUUUCUUUUACCACAGGGAAACUGUACGGCUACUUGACUGGUUUCCUUGAGCGACCAGGCAUUAAAUUGUAACAUUAUAAUUAUUUAUCGGCCACACAUAAUAACCAAAAACGUUAAAGUAACACAAGGAAAAACAGAUUAGAAUAUUGACGGCGAUAUUGCAUCAUUCUUGCCAGCAAUGUUUUCUUAAUACAUAGGUAAGCGAAAAUAAACGAUCAAAGCCGGUGUUUCGGUGUCAUCAUGCCAUGACGCCAUUGUCAAGGGGAUUGUAGAAAUAUUCAGCGAGUCCAUUACAUAGGAGGCUCGCUAAAUUUGCAUAAAAAAUAAUCAGUUAAAUUAUAUAAAGAUACUUUCCUGUAGAUGGAGUUUGACUGAACGUUUAGAAUACGUUUUAAACGUCUUAUGAAUUACAUCUCGUGCUCUAAACAAUCAGGCUUAUUCUUGCAUUUCUUUAGGACGCCAAACAGCCUCCUCACAUAUCUACUUUGCAUCUGCUGAUGCAUAAUGAUCGGUUAUGCUAUUUCUUGGAUACAUUUCACCCACCUACAAAUCGUUCCCGCGGUGGAGAGAGGUACUCCGCGAAAAUUCGGCCAACCUGCAUACUAAAAAUUUUAGAAUUCCUACAUACGAAAAAUUUUUAGUAUUUUACACUUGCUACCCUAGUCGACCUGACCAAAAAACGCAAUACUGGCCCUACCAAGGGCCGGAUUUGCUGCUGCUCGUGUAGAAAACUUUUCAGAAUUUCUCCUUGAAAAUUAAACUGUGUCGGCUUCUCAAAA